UAAAUAUAUCUAGUGGUGUUCAACAUUGAAAGGAAAUUUGGUCAAAUUUUUUUAUUUCCAACAAGAUGCCUGGUGGAACUGUCAUCAAUGCCUUUGGAACUCAGAAUAGAUAUGGUGCAAAACCACCUGAAAAUGGAAGUUUUCCUAUUGACCACAAAGGUGAAUGUAAGGAGUACAUGAUGGAGUUUAUGAAAUGUUUAAAGACAAAUGAUAAUGACAGUUCAAAGUGCCGAAUGCAAUCAAAAGAAUACCUUGGAUGUAGGAUGGACCACAAUCUUAUGGAACGAGACAGUUGGAAGAAGCUUGGUUUUGCUGAUCUUGUGAAGGAUGAAUGACUGACUGGACAUUUCCCAUUUCAAUUAUAUCAUGAGACAGUCAUUGUAUAAUUAUAAGUGAUCAUACAUUAAGAAUCAUCUAACUUUCAUUUUGAAGAAUGAUGUUAGAACAUAUACCAUUUAGAAUCAAGAGGUGACAGUUAUGGAGAACAUGUGAAAGAAAAUUAGACUGUUCAUUGUUAAGGCUGGUUAUAAUUUUUGAAAUGAAAGAAUACUUAAUUGUUGUGUGAUGUUCAUUAUAAUUUUAAUAGGAAUUUUUUUUGCAAAAGUGUCCUGUGUGAAAGACAAUUAACAUUCUCUGUUUCAUUUUCAUUAUUUGAAAUUCUAAGCUAAUUUUCUAGACUGUGUCAUCUUAAUGCUGAUCUUGAGGAACUGCCAGUUGUAACUGGAGAGAUAGAGAUGUGUGAAUCUGUGGCAGAGUGGCUGACACACAGAAUCACUGUGGGUUUGAAUCUCAAAUUUAAACAUUGAACCUUUUUCAGUGUAUGUGAGAAAGCUAUCAAGAAAGUUUAUUAAAGGUUGGCGAUUCUACCCAGAUGUCCGUAGACAUGUUCCUAUAUGAUACAGGUUAUGUGUGAAGAUGUUUAGGGUGUUUCUACACCAGUUAAUGCUGAAACAUGAGUAACAUACCAAUCUCCAAUUUAGUUUUUUAUCAGA